AUCCUCGCACAAUCAUCAGGCAACAAGGAAGAAAGAGUCGUCGCCUCCACGCGCUUACCCAACCGCGUCCCCAGUCCCCUACUUAUAUCCCGCCCACCGGUGUCUCCGCAAUCCACCAUCCAAUCCAUCCCAUAAUCUCCUCCUCGCCGUCGCCGCCGGAAUCCCCUCCCUCCCGUCCAACCACCGCAGCCACCGGCACCAGCAGCAAAAGCGACCAGCUCUACUCGAUGGGUUCGGGGAGCCGCGCGGCGUCGUGCCUGUGCUGCCCGUUCAAGUGCCUGGCGUGCGGCCUCUUCAGCUGCCUCUGCAGCAUCCUCGUCUCCCUCCUCGUCACGGCCGGGGUCCUAGCCCUCAUCCUCUACUUCGUCUUCCGCCCGCAGAUGAUCGCCGCCACCGUCGACUCCGCCUCCCUCGCCCAGUUCGCGCUCGGCACCCCGGCCAGCCCCGCGCUGCUCCAGUACAACCUCACCCUCGCCAUGACCGUGCGCAACCCCAACAAGCGGGUGGGGCUCUACUACGACGGCGUCGAGGCGCUGGCCCUCUUCGACGGCCAGCGCUUCGGGUUCGCGCCCCUCGACCCCUUCUUCCAGGGCCACCAGGCGUCCACCGAGGUCAAGCCGGCGUUCGGCGGCCAGCAGGUGCUGGAGGGGGAUGUUACGCAGGCCAACCUCAGGUCGCAGCUGGCGGGAGGCGCGGUGGAGGUGGAGGUGAAGCUCAACGCCAGGCUCCGCGUCAAGGUGUGGGCGUUCAAGGUGCCCGGGCCCCGCGCCAGGAUCAGCUGCCCGCUCUCCCUCCCCGCCCCAGGCGCCGCCGCCGGCGCCCCCGCAUUCAAGCCCACCGAGUGCAAAGUCUGGUUCUGAUUCGGUUCUCCACCAUUGGGGAAUCUGAUCUGAUUCCUUCUCUCGAUUCGAUCGGUUGGUUGCGGGAUCCUUUCUCUCGAUUCUUCGAUUCGAUUGGUUGGUUUGUUGCGGGAUGCUGUUGCUCUGCAUCGCCCGCCGUGGUCUGACCAUUAGUAUGUACAUCUUGCUAGAGAUUUUCGCAUCUACUAGUAGUACUAGUCGCAUUGUUAGCUAGUAGCUACUAUAUGCACAUAUUAUCGGUCGGUGGUAGAGAUCACUCGUUGGUUUGGUUCUUUGUUAGCAGUAGUACUAGCACCCCCCAUAUAUUACUCCCUUAGUUCUUGAGACCCUAGUUCUUGGUUUAUACUGGGAUUCUACAUACUAUUCGAGCCGUGUUGAUAUAUUCGUCGAUAUUCAGGUUUCUUUCAUUCA